AUGCCUAUUGUAAUCAAUUCAUUUCGAUUAUCGUUACGUCAUUUAGAAAAUAGAUUAGCUCGUCAGUCAAUUGUUUCUAUUAACCAUAUACGUGCAUUUUCCAUAACAAAACGGUGUUUACAAGAUCCACAACCACCAAAAUUUCAGAUCGAUCUUCCUGGCGUAGAAAACUAUGGUUUUGAAGGUGAAUCAUCAUUUGCUCGAUGUAGAUUCGGUGCUGUUGCGUCCGAUAAUGAACAAGCAUCCAAAGUCGGAAGACGUAUACUAAAUUUAGGUGGUUCAGCUACUGAUGCAGCGAUCGCGGUGUUAUUAUGUGUCGGCAUACAUAACUGUCACUCGAUCGGGAUUGGUGGUGGUUUUAUCAUGAAUUGCUAUGAUUUUGCAACGAAGAAAUGUACUGCAAUUAAUGCUCGAGAAGCAGCAUCCGGUAAUGCUCAUCAACGAAUGUUUGUGGAUGGAAAUAACGUAUCCUCUGUCGAAGGUGGUAUGGCGAUUGGAAUUCCAGGAGAAAUUGCUGGCUAUUGGAAAGCCCACAAACAAUAUGGUAAACUACCAUGGUCUGCUUUAUUUAAGCCAGCGAUAGAUAUGUGUGAAGGAGGCUUUAAAGUCGCUCGUCCACUUGCAUUUACAUUACAAAAACAUAAAGAAAAACUUGGAAAAAAUAAAGCAUUACGAAGUGUAUUUUUCAAAGGUGGUUCAGAUCAUGUUUAUCAACUUGGUGACACCAUGUAUCUUCCGCGAUUAGCCGAAACUUUUCGAAUUAUAGCUGAGAAAGGACCAUCGGCAUUUUAUGAAGGUGUAUUAACUGAUGAUAUUUGUAAUGAAAUACAAUCGAACGGUGGUAUAAUCAAUAAAGAGGAUCUGUUUACGUAUCAUGCUCGAGUAAGAGACGCCAUCAAAGUGGAAUUAAAUGAUGGUUAUACUGCAUAUGGAGUACCUCCACCCGCGAGCAGUGCUAUUACUCUUCUGAUUCUAAAAGUGAUGGAUGGGUAUAACCUCACACCACAAAGUUUAGACAGUGAAGAAAAACAAGUAAAAUUUUAUCAUAUAUUGACAGAAGUGUUUAAAUUUGCUUAUGGAAAACGAUCGGCUCUCGGUGAUGAAUAUGACUCUCAAACCGAAAAAAAUCAAGAUAUAGUCAAUUUACUUGAACAAAUACUAUCACCAGAUUAUGCUGACUAUAUUCGAAGAAAAAUUAAUGAAACGAAAGCACAAGAUUUAGAUUAUUAUGAACCUCAAUUUGAACCGCAGACGGAUCAUGGCACAAGUCAUUGUUCUGUUAUUGAUUCAUAUGGUAACGCUGUGGCAGCAACAAGUACAAUUAAUACAGAUUUUGGAGCAUUUGUUUAUGGAAAAAAGACCGGGAUUAUUUAUAACAAUCAAAUGGACGAUUUUUCAAGUCCUGGUCGUGCCAAUUAUUACGGUUACGCACCAUCACCUGCAAAUUUUAUAAAACCAUUUAAAAGACCAAUGUCAUCAAUGUCACCAAUAUUAAUUACGGAUUAUAACGGAGAAGUAAUAUUUACAGCAGGUGGAUCAGGUGGUAGUCGAAUUAUUUCUUCUGUAGCUCAAGUUGCUAUUUAUAACUUGUGGUUAGGAAAAAAUUUACGAGAUGCUGUCGAUAUGCCAAGAAUACAUCAACAAUUAAUACCAAUGGAAUUGGAAUUAGAAAAACGUUUUCCUGUUAAUGUUGUACACAGUUUAUUAUCGAAAGGCCAUACGAUAAGUGGUUUCCGUGGAGUUCAGGCAAUAGAAAGGCGCCAUUCCAACGAGUUAUGGGCAGUUAGUGAUCAUCGUAAAGGUGGCGCACCCGACGGUCUCGGUUACAAAAACAUUGGAAAAGCAUUUCAAAACUGGUAUAGGAGAACGUUUAGAAAAUCAAAAGAACAAAUACAAUUAGAAAAAGCUAUUGAAAUGGGAAAGUUAUUAAGCCCAACAGGACCAGAACAUUAA